UCUCUCACAGAGGCAUUUCCAGAGUCACUUCACGUGCAACAUUAACUCCUCGCCUUCCCAUAAACAUACACAGAAAAACCAUAUUUGUUUUCACUUUCAAUUCCGUUCCUAGAUUCCAAGUUAUUAACCAAAGUAACCCAUCAAUGGCAAGAGCAGGAUUUGUCCGGAUUCUGAGCUUUCUGAUCGCCGUUGCGGUUAUGAUUCAGCUGUUUGGUUGCGGAGUGGAGGCUCGGCCGUUCAAUAUAGUGAAGUCCGAUGCGCAGAGUGGCGGGAGCUGGUGGGCCGAUGCGGCCUUCUGGGAAGGAUUGGCCCUUGGGGCGGUGAAGCAAUCGGGGCCCAGCCCGGGCGUCGGAAACAGCUUCACUGAUGCCGCCAAUGAUGGUCCCAGUCCCGGAGUGGGCCACUGAUCGUAUUUGAUUAAUUGAAAUUCAUUCCAUUAUGGCGUUUUUUUUAUAUAUAAAUCUUAAUUAUUUAGUUCAUUUUUCAAUUUUUCAUGGGUAGCUACUCGGAGCCCUAUACAUUUAAUUCACUAUUCUAUUGGUAUUUCUCUAUAGUGUAUUAUUGUUACACUCCUCGAUGGUGUGUUUUUUUUUUUUCAUUUCUUGUUCUUAAGUGCAAGGUACAUUCGUUCGGUUAUGGAAAAUGAAUACAAAAUAAAACA